AUGGCCUACGCACAAUGGAUCAUCGUUGCCAUCAUCAACGUCCUCAACACCGAAAUCCGCGUCCAAAACUCGUCACUCAACUGGGGGAAAUUCUAUAGAGGGGACAACAUGGACGCUGAUAUGUCGUCGGCAGAGGUCAACCAAAUCGGCAUCCCCUUUGGAAGCGAGAGCUACGUUCACUCGUGCGGAAGGUCGGACUCGGCCUCGGGCACCGAGGGUGGCUUCGACCUCUACGAUGGCGAAACCAAAAUCUGCCGCAUCUACUGGAGCUGUCCUUGGGGGUCGAAAUCCAACGAGUUCAGCAUCCAACAGUAUGACCAGUACACGUCUCCGUAUCUUGUCAAAACGGGACCCAUGAGCUUGCAGAGCGGCGCCAUCGGUACGGUUACUGUUACCAUCAAGUUGAAGAAUUGA